AUUUCUUCGUAAACAUCAUGAAAUCCAGCUAAAAAAAGACUCUUCACGUUGUUCCAAUAAAGCGUCUGUUUUUUUUACAAGCGAUUCAACUAUUCGAGCGCGUGUGUUACUGAUGUGUAGUCAGAAGAGAAGCAAGCUUCGUAACCGAAAGAUUAAUAAAAAGAAUAAAUAGAUAUAUUUGAAGAAUAUGUUUGGUAGGAUGAAAGCACAUUUGAAGAUAAACAAGAUUUAAUUUUCAACAUAUAGAAAUAUACUCUUGAAAAUGACUACUCAGUAAAUUUUUAUUAUAGUAAUUAAAGAUACAACUCUUAAAAUGGAAGCCACAAACUAGAAAUUCAGAACUGUGUUCAUGCAUCUAUCAUAAUUCAAAAAUCAUUAACUGAGACUGACUGUGAUAAUAUUAACUGUCAAUCAACACGCAUUUAGCACCAUAGCUUAAAUACAAUUACUUGUUAUAGAAUAAUUCACAAUAUGGAGAAAAAAGAUAUAGAGAACGGCACGGCCGAGCAUUCUGCUGACACUAAACCUGAAAAGGCUGAAGUUAAUACUCCACUUAAAAGUGACGAAGGAAACAUUCAGUAUGGAAGUGUCAAUGAUAAAGAUCCAUUAAUGAUGGCAAGUGACCCCGAAGUAAACAUAUGUAUGCGAGUAUGCUUUUGCUUGAGGUCUUUAACCAUAGAACCGAUUAUGUUCUUAUUUUCUUUUGCAUUCGUCAUGAAUCUUUCUUGCUUGUCGAACAUGAUGAUGAAUAAAGGUUGUUUGUACAAGUUCAAUUACUCUGAAAGCGUGUGUAAUAAUCUAAGUAAUUAUCCAUCGGAGAAAAAAGACGUGGAGGUACUUGCAAACAAUUAUUCCAUGUAUUACAGCCUCGUGGGUCUGAUUGGAGCUUUUAUGAUGGUCUUCAUAGCGCCAUGGAGUGACAAAUACGGGCGAAAGCUGCCAUUACUCAUGGCCUUCGUAGGAACUAUUUUGGGUGACAUUGGUCUAACCUUAUGCACUUAUAAUUACGAGUCUGAUUUAUUUUUCGUUGUCUUAGCAAGAAUACCGGCAGAAUUAUUCGGAGGAUUCAUUUGUAUUUUGACCAUCAUCUACAGUCACGCUUCAGAAGUGUCGUCAAGAAAAACACGAACUAUGAAGUAUACAUUUGUAGAAAUAUCAUUCAACCUGGGCAUGGCACUUGGAGGCCUAUGCGGUGGUUUGGUUUAUCGCUACUAUGGAUAUUUUUAUAUAUACAUAAUUGGAUUUGUUUUGCAUGUCAUGUGCCUGCCAUGGCUCCUGCUUGUCGUUGAAGAAACAACCGGUUUCAAUUCAACUGCAACAUGGAAGGAGAAGGUGAGCGAUUUCUUCGUAUGUGAAAGUUUGUUAAAAGGAUGGAAAGCCUCAGUAAGAGUACGAGAAAAUAAUGGAAGGGCCCUGAUUUUGCUGUAUUUUGCAUCAAUGUGUGUGAUUGUAUUGACUUAUGAAUCACUAGGUAGCAUUGGUUUUAUAUACGUUCAUCACAUAUACAAUUGGGAUCCCACUACCUAUAAUACCAUCAAUACCAUCUUCAGUCUAACCACAAUGGUGGUAUUAGGUGCCUCUAUUCCUAUACUAGUCCGCAUAUUUAAAGUAUCUGAUUUUGCUCUGGGACUUAUGGGGGUCUUUUCAAUGAUGGCAAAAUAUACAUUUUUUGCCUUUGCCCAUUAUGGAGUAUACCUGUAUUACCUAGGAAAUGCUACUGGAUAUUUAAAUGGCUUAGUUCCUCUUGCUGUUCGGUCAUCCCUUUCAAAAGUCGCAGAACGAGAUGAGUUAGGCAAAGUGUUCUCAUUUCUGGCCACAUGUGAAGCUAUAGUUCCUAUGGUUGGAACAGUGGUUAUCACCAAAGUAUUUAAUGCAACUAUAGACAUUUUCCCAAGCGUUAGUUACUUGAUGAUUGUGGGUCUUCUUCUUCUUCCACUCGGAACGUUUUUAUGGGCUUUUAUUUGUUUGAGAAAAAGUCACCGCAUGCAAGAAGAAGCCACUUCAGUUCAAUGAAAUACUUUAAAAGGAAAGAAAAUUUCUGUUUGUAUUAUUAUUUCUUCAUCAAUGAAAGUUAAUUAAAUAUUUAGAAUCUAUAUACAUUUAAUUGAGGUUUAAUAACACAAAUGCUUAUAAAGUUAUGGAACUUGUUUUUUUCCACACCAAACUGAAUGAAAAAAUUAUUUACACCAAAUGCUUUUGAAUUAAAUAAUAUUAUUUCUGCUUUUUAAUUGAUAUUAUUAUAAUUUAACAAGAAAAGUAAGAAUAUUUAUAUAAGAAUGAGAUUUUUGGAAUAUGUUUGACGUGAAAGAAAAAAAACGAAACUGAAUUAGAAAUAGUAUAAAAUCAAACAGUAAUAAAUGAAAAACAAAUUAAUAUGCCGGAAUUUUUUAAUAGAAAGAAAAAUGAAUCAUUUGACUUUCCCCGGUAUCUUUGCAUUCUGAACAGAAGUAAAGUUCAUUUUCGACUAAAAAGAAACUGACCGUUUUUUUACAUUGGAAGAAAGGAAAGGAAAGAAUUAAUUCAUUAAACAAUAUUUAUCUUUCAGACUGUAUGUAAACGAAAUCCAAAAUUCAAAAACACAAUAUACAUAUUACUUUGAUAAGAAAAUGCCAUUUUCAUAAAACGCGGAUAUGGUUCCUACGAAACGAAACAGAAUUCUGUUAUUGUGAUAUAUUGUAUCACUAAUUAAAACUUUUUAUUGAUAGAUAUAUACUUUUCAAUAAAAGGUUUUCAUAAUGUGAAAAUGACUUCAUGUUCAUCUUUAAGUGUUAUUAUUUCUGAUUUAUAUUUUUUAUGUCUUAUGUGUCAUCAUUUUAAACGUUUCUUGUUUUUGUAUCAAGUAUUUGUAAAUGAUCUAAUAAAAAUUUUUUAUUAA